UGACUCACGCCUCAAAUUGUAUAUAGCCACCAUUGCUAGAUUCUAUGGUAGAUUUGAGGACAAUAGUGUUUGUAAUCGUUAUUCAUGUGAGUGGUCAUCAACGCCUUCGGUACUGCCGCGCCAAGCUUGACGUUCACAAAAAAGUCGCUCAAGCUUCCACCCCACAAUUUCCCUUGCAGCUCCCUCCCCAAUCACCUUGACCACACCUAUGCUCGCCAGCCCUACACAAUGGACCAAGCUGCCGAGAAGCCUUCCGCUCCGCCAAUGGCUGACAACAAGGCCUCGCGCGGCGACAACGACUCGUCGGAUCACGACAGGAAGCGCAAAUGGGAAGACCGAGGGCGCGACGGCAGAGGCAGAGGCGGGGGCCGAGGCGGGGGCAGAGGUCGAGGUGGACGUGGCCUUCAGCACGGCAGCCAUCAGAGCAAGAAAAGGAAUCUGGGACGUACGGAACAUGCUACCGCGCAACUAGACAGACGCGGGCGCAAUGAAGCCCAGCAGGCGCGCAACAAGGAUCAGGAUGCUACCGAACGACCGGAGCUACCUGCAGCCUUCCCCGCCGAGGAAGUCGAGGCUGAAGAGCGCAGGCCGAAGCGCAAGGUCGCAGUCAUGGUCGGCUACUCGGGCACGGGCUACAAGGGCAUGCAGAUCGACCACAAGCAGAAGACGAUUGAGGGCGACUUGUUCAGGGCCUUUGUCGCCGCCGGCGCCAUAUCAAAGGCCAACGCUGACGACCCGAAAAAGUCCUCGCUCGUCCGUUGCGCCCGUACCGAUAAGGGCGUCCACGCAGCAGGGAACGUCAUCUCGCUGAAGUUGAUCGUUGAGGACGACGACAUCGUAGAGAAGAUCAACAGCAACCUCACAGACCAGAUCAGAGUGUGGGGGAUCCAGCGCACCAUCGGAUCCUUCAGCUGCUACCAGGCCUGCGACUCGCGAUGGUACGAGUACCUGAUCCCCACGCAUUCGUUCCUCCCGCCACACCCGUCGAGUUACCUGGGGAAGAAGCUCGAGGAGUUCGCCGAAAAAGAAAACGACGUCGAAGAGUACCGCAAGAGGCAGGCCGAGGUAGCCCACUUCUGGCCUGAGGUCGAGGAGAAGUACAUCAAGCCCAUCCUAGACUCGCUAGACGACUCGAUCAAGCCGCUCGUAGAAGAAGCCCUCUACAACGUCGAAGCCACGGACGCACCCGAAGGCGACCCCCUCAUCGACGCCUCCCUCGACGACGUCCACGCGAACAAGAACACCAACCCCGACACCAGCGAAGCAAUGGACAUCGACCAAGCCGCCAACGAAGUAAAACACACAAUAUCCACCAUCCAGCAAAACACCCCCAACCUAACCCUCAACUCCCAAACCGACGGCUCCGUGCCCCUCCCCCCCGGCACCGUCAACGAAUCCGCACUAGAAGAAGCAAUCAAAGCCCUCAAAACCGCCUACAUCGACGCCAAAAAAGCCUACCGCAUCUCCCCGGACCGCCAAUCCCGCGUCCAAGCAGCCCUCAACCAAUACCUCGGAACCCAGCGCUUCCACAACUACACCGUACAGAAGAAAUUCAGCGAUAAAUCUGCCCAGCGAUACAUCAAAUCCUUCACUAUCGCCCCCCAGCCAAUCAUCAUACACGACACGGAAUGGCUGUCCCUGAAAGUCCACGGCCAGAGCUUCAUGAUGCAUCAGAUUCGCAAAAUGGUCGGUAUGGCUGCUCUGACGGUGCGAUGUGGUACGCAUCCUGAUAUGCUGCGUGCGAGCUUCGGGAAUACGGUUGUUCGCAUUCCGAAAGCCCCCGGCCUGGGUCUGCUCCUCGAGCGUCCCGUCUUCGACUCGUAUAAUGAGAAGGCGGCUAGGCAGCACGAGCGCGAACCGCUUGAUUUCAAGAAGUAUGAUAGCCUGAUUGAGGAGUUUAAGGAGAGGGAAAUUUAUCAGCGGAUUUUUAGGGAGGAGGCAAUGGGGAAUCAGUUCAAUACGUUCUUCACGCACCUUGAUAACUACAAGGAUCCUACUUUCUUGUAUCUGACGUCUGGCGGUAUCGAGGCUACGAAGAGGGUGCGUGAGGUUAAGGCCACGACGACACAGCAGCAGAAGUGGGAUCAGGAUUCUGAUGAUGAGAAUGCUAGUGGAGGGGAGGGCUAGGUCGUCCAUUGUAAAGAGGUUAUGCAAUGAGAUGGCGAGACGAGGCAUU